GUAACGCGAGUUACUUUUUUAGAAGAAGAGAGACGUGGCUGUGAGAAGCAGGCGCCCCGACGCAGUCAUGUUACGCACCGUUCUUCUUAUGGACGGCAGCGAGGCCAUGAACAGCAGCUCCGACUACCUGCCCAGCUAUCUCCUCGCGAUGCGGCCCCCGCUGCUGCGGCUCGUGGAGAAGUAUCUCGACUCGACCCCGCUCGCCUCCCUCGGCAUCGUCGUGAUGCGCGACGGCGUGAGUCACCGCCUGCUGCCCUGCACCACAAACCGCAACGAAAUCGUCGAUGUGUUGGAGCGCGACGUCUUCCUGCACGGCGGCUCCGGCAGCAUGUCCCUCGAGAACGGACUGCGGAUGGCGAUGUCGGAGUUGGUGGACAUGCGUAAGGUGGCCGCGCUGGUGGCUGCGCAUUCAAGCACAUCCAAGGUCAACGGUAGUGCUGGUGGCGCGGCAGCAGCGGCGGCGGCGUCUCUCGCGGCGAGCACGCGGGCUACGUGGAAAGGCUCCGCGACGCAGCUCAACGUGUUGAUCGUGUCGGCGGCUGUAACGCUGAUUGACCCGACGGAUGUGUUCAACGUGGUGAACACGAUGGCCGCGCUGUCCGUCCGCAUCAACGUCCUCUCGCUUGUCGGUGCUGUUCACGUGUUUGACGUGUGUGCGUUGGAGACGGGCGGCAGGUUGUACUGCCCGAUGAACUACGAUCACUUGUUGCAGAUCGUGGACGAGCUGGCCACAGCCCACCGCGCUCACGCGGCGACAGCGGAGGCAAAACGAAGGCGUCAGCGGCAACGUCGUGGGAAGCGGGUGCGCAGCUCCACAAGUGGGAUUCAAGAUGACGGAGAGGAUAGAGAUGACGAGGACGCGGAUGCGCCGUAUCUCAUUCCAAUUGGCUGUCCAGUGUAUUUGAAGGCUACUCCUUCUCCUCCUCCGCCACCCCAGCAACAGCAGUCCAUCACUACAGCACCAGCACCGUCAGCAAGGACGACAGCAACCGACGCUAACUGUUCCUACUACUUAGCCUGCCCGCAGUGCCACUUAAUUCAGCUAUCGGUGCCGACGACGUGCCCGCUGUGUCGCCUGCUGCUGUGCAGCGCACCGAUGCUUUACAGCACCUACGUCGCACACAACUACCUCGUCCCGGCGGCGAGGCGGCUUCGUGUGGUGCGCGGUGUGACAGGCGUGUCCGCGCAGCAGGCGGAAACGGGGGAGGUUAAAGUGCUGUUGUCGACUGGUGCCACCUCUACCGCAGAGGUGGUGGAGACCACGGCGGAGACACCCAUACGUUGUGCUCUCUGCAUGACCCACAUUCCGGCAGACGCGGCCCGUACGGCGACCACCGAACCUGCGACGGUAGCCUCCGCGGCAUCGGAGGGGGCGCAUGUUUGGCAGUGCAGUUCGUGUGCCUCCUACCGCUGCGACGCCUGCAACAGCUUUGUGGUGGAAGCGAUUGGUAUGUGUCCGCACUGCGUGGCGCUGCGAUAG